AUGUUUCUCCGGGGCUUGGCAUUGUGUCCGCUGCUCGGGCUCGUGUGGCUGGCUUGUCGAAACCGACUCCCGGAGUGGGAGCCUCCCGCCACCACGGCGCCCCUGGUGGCCGAGCCCUCGCCGGCCGGCCCAACACCCGGCACCUAUGCCCGGCCGCUCGGCCUGUGCACUGUCAUCCGCAAUGAGGCUGCCAACAUCGACGAUUGGAUUCGACAUUCGCUUGAGGUGCUCCAAGCCGGGCUGGCGCCCGACACGCCGGCCAUCGUGCUGUUGGAUGACCAUUCCUCCGAUGACAUCGAGAGGGUGCUCGGCCUCUGGGAGGCCCAGGCCCCGGGAUUGCUCCGGCGCCUCCCCCUGACGAGCGAAGCCGCGCUCUUGGGAGCUGUCCGGCCCGAGGAGCAGGCCGCACUACGGCCCCUGCUACGGCCACUGCUUGAGGGAUGCCCGCCUGUCGAGGACGCCCGGCCGGCGGAAGGCCGCGCAUGCCAGGUGGCGGCGCAGGAUUUUUGCCUCGAGGCCUCGCGCACGGUGUGGCGCUGGCAGUGGGUGGGGCUGAUCGAUGUGGAUGAGUUCAUUGUGUUCGACCAGGAAACUCCCCGGGCCUCGCUCUGGGGCCUUCUCGAGGGGAUUGUCGACCGGGCGAUGGGCGCCUCCUCGGCGCCGGAUCUGGCGGUGGCCUUGGCCUGGAAAUCGGCCGGCGGGGCCGGAUGGCUGGACCGCCAAACGCAUGGCCUUUCCCGGUUCACCGCGCGCCAUGCCGACCCCUGGGAGCUCGAUGCCCGGGCGCGCCGGGUGCGGGCUUCGAGCCACGCCGACUCCAGUCGCCUCGGGGAACUUGGCUACCAUCCGCAGGUGGCCGGCGAGCUGUUCAAGCUGAAGUCCUUUGUCCGGUGGGCCGGGGCCGGGGCCGGGGCCGGGACCGCCAUCCAUGCUGGCCGCUGUGGCGGACAUAUCCUCAAGGGUCCCACCAUUUUGACGGACGGCCAGCCGCUUCGAUCAUGCGGGGACCCGGAACACUGCCUGAUCGAGGGCUGCGGCGUCCGGGCCCCGAUGGCGCUCGACGCCGGCCCCGGGACCAGCCUGCGCCUGGUCCAUCUCCGGACGCGGUCCUUGGCGGAUUUCGAGGAGAAGUCCCUCCGGCCAGUGGUGCAAGGCUUCGCCGGGCGCAAGGCGCGACACCUGGCCGCCACGGCCCGGCUCCUGCACCCCUCGAGCGAGGGCCCCCCCCGAAACGUCACCCCGGAUGAAGUGCCCCAAGUCAGCUUCGAUAUUUGGCGCCUGUUGGGCUCCGGCCCGGUGGUGGAUCUCCAAUUGCUGGCCAUGGGCAUGGCGGUGGCCAACACUGGCCACACACCCGGGCGCGUGACUGUGGUCGGCGGCGACCCCUUGGCCCGGUUCGUGGCCCAAUGGCUCCUCCACCACUCGGGCUGGCCGAUGCCCGGGGCACAGGAGGCGAUCCACAAGCAUCGACAGGCCUGUCGCAUGGAGGCCUUUGCCGGGCUAUGCUCGCCAUUGCGCUAUCCCUCCUCGGUGUGGCCGGCCGGACCGGAGACCCUGCUGCCAUGUCCCUCGGAGGCCAGCCUCCAGGCAUGGCUCCAAGAAGAGGGCCAUGAUGUGGUGCUCGUCCAUCCCUUUUCGCGAAGCACCCUCAAGCACUCCAUGGCACUUGGCAGCUUGGAACACACUCACCGCCUGAGUGGCCGGCCACUGGACGCCCUCGCGCACUUGGCCUGGGGCCGGUGCACAUUAGACUGGCUUGGCCGGGUGGCGGACCGGCGUCUCGUGUGGUGGGACAUCGAGCCCCUUGUGCAAGGCCUGCGGCGAGAUGACGCCCCCGCCUCCAGGGCCAGGAUGGUCCUGCAGGCCGUGCGGCAUUUGUCCUCACAGCUGGGCCCAAGCCACCAUCUCCACUUGCACAUUGACGCGCAAGUGGCCGGCGACAUCUUGCGCCAGACACUGCUCCAGGCGCCCCAACUGGAGGAAGGGAUCUUGGCCGAGCGGUCACCCUUUGUCGCGGAUGCCAUGCACUUGGCUGAGGCCAUCUUCGCCAUGCUGGACGAGCUGACCGAUGGCUGAGGAGGCAGCACCGGAAUUGCACGAAAAACAGCCACUCGAACACCCUGCUCCCGGGCAUCGUGGAAGCGCCAGAGGGGGAUGGGCGAAGGAGACGAGGAGCCGGGAAGGCGGAAAAGGGGGGGAAGAGGGA